CUUCUUCACCACCACUUGGAAACCUCACCGCCACCGAAACGUUACCCCUUGCCGAGAAGAUCGCGGCACGGAUUUCCAAGUACAACCACGCCAGCUCUCAUCAUGCAUCUCCAGCCCAUCGACAAUACCGAAAUUGAGCCCUUCACCAGCGCCAUGGACUCCGACCCACGCAUCACUAUUAUGCCGGACGAACAAGAGACUUUUGAUGAUGUCUGGGGCUCCGAGCCUGGUUCGCCGACUAACGUGGCCCAGGGCGCGCCCACAGGAACCCACCCUGGCGACAUUCCAAGACUCCAGGCCGAGCAUACCACCGCCGGUUACCGAGAGGGCGUCACCUUGGCCAAGGCCCAGAGCAUCCAAACGGGUUUCGACGAGGGCUUCAGCUUGGGAGCCGAGAUCGGGGCCCUCGCCGGUCAGGUUGUGGGCGUCCUCGAGGGAAUCGCCGCCGCCCUGGACGGUCAAGAUGAGGCCAUCGCGAAGGCUGCGCGGAAGUCUUCAGACGACGCUAAGGCCGAGCUGAAGACGGACUCCAUCUUCACCCCCGCGUUCUGGAACAACGACGGGACUUGGAAGUUCGACGUCGACGAGCACGCGGGUGACGAGAUCCUCUUCUCCGACGUGGCGCGCGCUCACCCGCUCAUUCAGAAAUGGACAAAGAUCGCAGAUGCCGAGAUUGAGCGGUGGCGCAUCACUCUUGAUGCCAUCGGCGAUGCGCCGGAGCACGAGAGACAGCCGAGCCCGGAACGGGCCCCGAGCUCCGCGACACCGCAGACGAAGAAACCUUUGGAUUGGUGAAGUCUUCUCAGCUAGUUACUUCUCUAGAGGGCACACUGCAGCACGUGCACCCAGCACGACCAAGUUUCCAUCAAGCCUUUACGCCACUCGAGGCCACGAGCUGAGCUGGCCCCCUCGCAAGAGAUGUCAUUCGCAGUGCCGAAAGUCUUACUUUAAAAGUGAGCAGGAGCCAUCAUCGGUUUCCCAAACAAAGUGCAUUAAUAUUACGAAGUGUUAUUACUCGGACUAUAUUGGGUUUCCCCGGGAGGGAGAUCCACGGUCCUUGUUAGGGCAGAGCCAAAACCGGGCUUGUAGGCACUUUGCAGGAUGUUGUCCCCCUUGUUGACGGGCUGUGGUGAGUGAGAGGGACUGAAGCCGAGCCAUAACUUCGUCGACGGCCAUGUGGCUUUCCUUACGCUUCACCACGAAGCGAGCCACUCACACCGGCCGGCUGCCUCGUAACACUUCCUACUUUUGAACAGGAUGACUUACGGGAAGCGGCCCGUGAGGCGAUUCGGCUGAGCCAAGAGGAACAUGUUUAGACGAAGUGCGGUUAUAUCGCCUGUCAACUCAGUCAGCUCAACACUGGCAUGGAAGUGAUGCAUUUCCUAAGGUGUCGUCAACAAAAUUCAUGAAGACUUUGCGUUAUCCAGUCCCCCAGCAUAAAGGAGACAUGGCAUGAAUACCAUAACGUCAUGAAAUUGCCCGCCACCACCGUCACUGAGUAUCUUGGGUGGACGUAUCUUAAGCGCAAUUCCACAACGUCCCAACAGUUCCACCGCCACGCUUCAGCUCGGAGACAUGAGAAAUCUGCCGCGAAGAGAGGCCACCAAUUAUUCUCCCAUCUCCUCGUCAAAACCAUCCCAUCACCAUCUAGUUGGCCCAAAGCCAAGCCUCGUUUCUCCACACACACACACACACACGCGCGCGCGCGCGCUCACUCGGAGUUUGCGAAGCGCAAGGUGACAACCAACCUGCCCCUGAUGCUUUGACUUUGGAAAUUGCACAAAUUCAUGGGCGAGGGGGUCAUGGUGUUUCGAAAGUUCGGAUGAUGGGCUGUGCUGCCUCACCACUGGAGGGGUCAGCCCAUCUCGUGGCCGAAGUCUCUUUAAGCUCAACACCAUCAGUGCCGAAUCCUCCAGGGACCCCCGCCGUCGAAGCGUAGUAAAGAGCCGGAAGAGCGCCUCCCUCCUAGUCGUCGGAUGAGGUGACAUCGCUGGCCCCUCUUGUUGUGUCUUGGAUGCCC